AUGACAAACCGCGUCAUGAGAACAUCAACGAAUUGUCUCAUCAUGAAUUUGGCUUUUUGCGAUUUUCUUAUCUCAUUGCUCCAAACCCCUUACCUUAUUAAACAACUUUAUAUUGGAAAGAUAUGGUUCGGAGGAGCUGCGGGGAAAGUAUUAUGUAAAUCUUACUCCUUUGGUGGAUCUGUUUUACUCAAUAGCUCAGUUUAUAGCCUGGUUGCCAUAGCAAUUGAUCGUUUCCUUGCAGUCACACGACCGCUGACCCAUAAGACGACAUCCAAAUUGGUGCUUAAGAUAGGAAUUCUUUUAAUUUGGAUAGUUUCAACUUUACUUUCAUUAAGACUGGUGAUAUCGUCAAGAAUCCAUUAUGGCGAGGACGGAACCCCUAACUGUAUGUAUUUCGCGCAAAGCGCGAAAGAACUUUUCACCUCUGCGUCAUGUUUCAUUGGAUCGUUUGUUCUCAUAGCUGUUCUAUACUCCAUAAUAGCCUAUCGCCUUUGGAUGCGCAAACUUCCCGGUGAGUGUUCCAACACUCAGAAAGAGUUGGCCAGACGCACAGCACGAAGGGUCACACUUCUAAUGAUUUUAGUCGUACUGCUGUUUGCAGCCUCGUGGACGCCGGCUUUUGUGACUCUUAGCUUAGCUAUGUUUCAUCCAAGCUCCGUUGAAAUCUUCAUGCAAUACCCAUUUUUGAUUGCAUUCACUUACUGGUUGAUACUUACCAGUAGCGCUUGCAAUCCAUGCUUGUAUUUUAUAUUCAUUGAAAGUUUCCGGUCAAAUCUGAAAGCUGUCUUUAUAAAUGCUGUUCUACUCGACUAA